AUGGGCCAAAAGCGCAAAAGGCCAAGCAAAGAUGGAAGUCGUCGCCAGGCGCUUGGUCUCGUCAACUCUAAAGCUACCACACCUCCAAGCCGUGCCCGAGUCUCAAAGACAGAUGCUUCCCAGAAAGGCCUGCCAACCACUCAUCCAGUAAUCUCGCUGUACUAUCCACAUGUGCUCACGCUGCGGCAAUAUCUUCUCCGUCAAUUGCCCGUUUCGUCAAAGCUACGCCGGCGACGCAUCGCAACCUUGCGAGCGUCAAGCUUGCAAUUAUCCGCAGACUGUAGCGAGGAGAGCGCCAAAGCACUCGUCGGACUUCUAGACUCGACCUUGGUCGGCGUGAUCAAGGACACACCGACUGCUGUUGACGUGCAGCGAUCUCAUGGUUAUCGCGGCUUCAUCGAAUCGCAGUCGCGCUCCGUCUUGGACAGCACGGAUACCGGGCCAACAUCGCCGCAGUCUGAGAGACGUGUUCACGGUGGCUUCAUUUUGGGUGGGUUGCUAAAGAGGACCGGGCAGAUUGUCAACUUUGUCAUCGAGUCGCUCUUUGCUCGAUCACGAGGGUAUCAGAAGUCUCCCCACUUGCUUGCGCAGGGUUAUGCUCCCCACCGACCAACAGAACCAAGCCUCUUGGGAACAAGUAUCUUGGGAUUGGUGGCCAAGUUUCCCAAUUCAAAUGUGAAAACCUUAAAACAAGCGCCGUGGUCAGAGGUGUUGGCACUCCUCGGGCAAGAUGGCGAUGAGAUCAUGAUCCGAUUGUUGUUCGAUUGUGGCAUCUUUGCUCCCAUCAACGCCAAACGAGGAGUCUACUAUCAGCUGAGUGGGACACCUUUGUCAGAACUCGCGCCAGUAGGCGGGAUACUGCCAAAUGGAUCAGCGCCCGCUACAAAGCAAGAAUCGAUAAAAAACGCAAGCAAGAAACCGAAAUCAAGUGGCAAGGUCAACGGCUGUAACAACAUCUUCUUUUUGCGCCGUCGAAUGCUGUAUAGUCGUCCUCAGGGCAAUUCGCAAAAGGAGAUGAGAUCUGGCCUAGGUGCCUUUCGUAUGUUUUCCUUCGUUAAUCAUUCCACCGCCUCUGAAGCGGAGACCUGCCAUGUGAUGAAAUACAUGUUUCCGCGGCAAUUUGGGCUUCAGAACGUCUUUGACUCUGGGGCGGAUAGCAUCUGCACGACAUCUCGAGAACAAGAGAUUUCGCAAUUAUUUUAUGAGCAACAACAAAGGCGGCGCACCUCAUUCAAGGAAGGCGAUUCAAACGAGGUAACAGAUUCCACAAAUACAAAGCUUCCUAGACGACUUCGAGGAAAGCCUCUAGAGCUAGUCCGGAGGCUAAGGGCUCGUCAUUCCGCGUGCCAAUAUCGCAAGUUGCUCGACCAUUAUUGCCCUGACCAGUUCCUGGGACCCUGGAAGUUUGAUUUCGUUUCGCCCCACGCAGACGAAAACAUGGGCUCCUCGGAGGGUGAUUUCGUUACACAGCCUGAGUUCAACUGCAAUCAUGCGAUCGACCAGUGUAAAAUGCACAGCAACCCUCGCAGAACUAAUGGAUCUCCGAAAGAAUUGAAGUUGAAGAACCCUUAUCGACCAAAGCAUAAAAACAAUCUCACUGACUAUGCAAGUCCUGCAUCUGCGGUGUCGGCGUUUUGCCGUGCAACCCUGCACAAAAUACUGCCCAUUCAGUGUUUUGGAGAGGGACCUGACGGUGUUCAAAAUCGCAAGGCGAUCAUGCACCACGUGGACACCUUCAUCAAGAUGCGCCGGUUCGAGAGUCCCAGUUUGCAUCAAGUAUGCAGUGGCCUGAAGAUUACAAACAUUCCUUGGCUAGCUCCACCACAUCUAGUACACUCCGAUGCAAAACUGUCCCUCUCGGACUUUCGGAAGAGGACUGAAUUGUUUCACGAACUGAUCUAUUUUAUAUUUGAUUCUCUUCUGAUUCCACUUCUUCGGAACAAUUUCUAUGUCACCGAGUCGCAAAGCCAUCGCAACCAUCUCUUCUAUUACCGACAUGAUGUGUGGCGCAAGCUGAUCGAACAGCCCAUGGCUGACCUGAAAACCACCAUGUUCGAGCAAUUGAGUACCACGAGAGCCCAGGCCAUGCUAGGCAAACGAAGCCUUGGUCUUGGUGCGCUCAGAUUGCUUCCAAAGGCUUCUGGGCUCCGGCCAAUCCUCAAUUUGAGAAAGCGACUUCCAUUGAAAUCUCAAUGGGGGAGGGGCAACAACAGCUACCUUGGAGCCAGUGUCAACAGCAGCCUGGCACCUGUUUUCAACAUGUUGACAUACGAGCGCGAGCGAUGCCCUGAAAAGCUGGGCGCGUCUCUGCUGUCGGUAGGAGAUCUGCAUAGUCGGCUCAAGGUGUUCCGUGACCAGCUCACCCGACAAGUGCUUGGAUUGACGGCUAAGAAGGCUGGUCAAUUACCCCGACUCUAUUUUGUCAAAGUUGAUAUUCAAGCUUGCUUUGACACGAUCCCGCAAAAGGAAUUACUUCGUCUUGUGGAAAAGCUCGUCUCCGAGGAGACCUACCAUGUCACUCGAUACAUUGUGAUGGUUCAAGGAUUGCACGGUAAAGCCAGACGAAGGUUCCUGGGCCGCGCCGCUCCGCUUGCUCAACAACGCUCUUGUCCCGAACUUGCCAGCGAUGGUUCUCUCAGGGCGUCCAACACCGUCCUCAUCGAUAAUAUCAAGCAAAAAGCGUACAAUGCAGACGAGCUGCUCUGUCUUUUGGAUGAACAUGUGCGAAACAACCUGGUGAAGGUUGGCGAAAAGUACCUUCGCCAGCGGAACGGCAUUCCCCAGGGCUCAGUGGUCUCUAGUUUGCUGUGUAACUUUUUCUACGCGCAGCUGGAACAGCAGGUUCUCGACUUCCUUCGGCCGGCCGACUCGCUGCUUCUUCGUCUCAUCGAUGACUUUCUGCUCAUCACCACUGAUGCAAAGCAGGCCAAUGAAUUCCUGCAAGUGAUGCACCGCGGGCAGCCGUCGUAUGGGGUCUCCGUGAAUCCCCAUAAGAGCAUGGUCAACUUCACCGCUGCAGUUGACGGGGUUUACAUCCCUCGAUUGGAGGGUACACGUCUCUUUCCGUACUGCGGCUGCCUGAUCGACACUCACACCUUGGAGAUCCACAAAGAUCAAGAUCGAAUGUUGGACGGCGGAGCUUCCGACAUGGCUGCAGCCACUCUCUCCAAUACGUUGACCGUCGAGACCGACCGUCUACCAGGCCACGCGUUUCACCGCAAAAUCAUCUCUAUGAUGCGACCUCAGCUUCACUUCAUGUACCUUGACACCGAGCACAACAGCCGCGAGGUUGUUCUAUCCAACUUGUAUACCGGCUUCAUCACUACGGCAAUGAGAAUGUACCGGUAUAUGAAAUUGCUUCGCGGUCGAGCUCAUUUGCAUCAUCGGCUCAUUGUCCGGACGAUUCAUGACUUGAUCCAGCAUACGACGCACAUCAUCCGAGCAAGCCAUCAUUCCGGCCGCUCCUCCAUGGCCUGUUCCGUGCAUCCAUGUCAGCUGCAACACCUGGCAAGUGCAGCCUUUCGAUUUGUGCUGCGACGCAAGCAAACGCGGUAUGCGCCAGUGCUGCAGUGGCUCGAACAGCAGUGGCGCGUGUCACGUCCCACUUCGAAUGCCGAGGCGGUGCGCCUGCUGCGAGUGAUCAAAAAGGGCGAUGCCUUGUUUGCGGGGUGGCGCUUUUGA